UGCUUUAUACAAUUGACUGGAACCAAUAUAAAUUAAGGAGCUUAUUGGUCAUUAUUUGUCUGGAAUACAGAUGCUAAUCGAUCAUCUCCAAAGUUUCAUUUCCUAAACUGUUCCUGUGAUUGAUCUUCCUGGAUUCGUGUACCACACAGCCCAUUUACAUGAGCAAGAAACAUACGGUCAGUUUAUCGGGGCUGUAUUCUUUUCUCUGAAUCAAGCCUUCCCUUGCUCAAAAGGCUUAUCAAGAUCUGUCUAACAGUCCAAGUCUGGGGCACAAAACUUGCAAGAGUUUUAACAGUGGAAUCUAAUGAAGCUCAAUUCCUUCGAGGGUUGUCAACGCAAUUUAGUAAUCCUACAUCCGCUAAGCAAGAGGAAGUAAGAAAUCCACUAUCAAAACCCUAGGAGGCUUCAGUCAAGAGCAUAUUACCUGUCCGACGGCACGCCCUCGUGGCGGAGUCGUCGGACGGGCCGGAAUGGAUCGAGUAUUCGGUGAUAGAUGAAUGUCCGGUCAGUGUGGAGGCGGCGUCGUUGCUUUGCUGUCCGGUUCGCGCGGAGGUCCGGUGGGUUUGAUGGCUGGCGAGCGGGGCUAGUGUCGAUCUCCCUAAGGGCGGGGUGCCGGCGGAGGUGUGGUCGCCUGGUGGUGGCGAGACGGUGGAGGUGAGGACGGGAUCUAAAUGGCUACGAUCGGAUCGGACUCCGAUCCGGCUUGGGUUUUCUGGAGCGGUCCGGUGGAGGGGGAUGGUUUGUAGAAGCGGUGACGCUUGCUGGCGUGCUGGGGAGAUCGGUGGGAUGGGGAGACGGCCGGCGUUUGCUCUGAGCGACGGGUAUGCUGCUGAUGGCGGGAACUCUGUGCGAGCCAGUGACAUUGGGACGGAGGUGGUCUUCGUUCUGUACAGGGGCUGGAAGGUUUUUGGGCCUGGGCCUGGGCUCAGGUCCCAAACUGUUUUUAUAUCACCUUUUGUUUUAUGUGUUAUUGCUUUUUAUCUAUAUCUUUAUUAAUUAAGCCAAUUCUGUAGAGAAUGGUUAAAUUUUUGAAGUACCUGAAAUGCCUAUACUUUAUUAAAGCUCCAUAAAUCUAUAAAUACUGUAUGAAGGAUAUGAUGGUAAUCUUGACAAUAAAAUAAAGGGGUAAGGAUUCUGCUGCGGCAGAGAAGAGAAGGGAAAAAAAAAAUUCCCAACAAAUUCUGCGGCAAAAGAGAGGGGGAGAGAGAGAGAGAACAAAGACGCAGUCGCGCACGAUCUCCAGACUAGAGAAGAACUGCCGGGCCACGAUCUCAACACAGAUCGAUGCACAAGACGACGUGGGAGAAAAUCGGUGUACAAAUGGAUGCAUCAGGACUCAUCCCUCUUCCAACUUACAGUUCAUACGAAAAUAAGAUACACAGAAAGAAAGAAGAGCAGAGCACAAUCAAACCCAGGAGGAGGAGAAAGAGAAAGAAACAAAUCGGGUGACGGUUUGCAGACUUGCUAAUUGCCAUUGGGUCAUUUCAGAUUUUGGGUUUUGUUUUGCUCAAGUAGAAGACGAAUCCACUAUUGCAGACUUGAUAAUUCCCAUUGGAUAUCAAAGAAGUUAUGGUUCCAGGUAAUCUAAUCCCUCUGUUCUUCUCGAUUGAACUCAUUUGGUUUCCCAAUUGCAUAGUUCUUUUUAUUUUUAAUUUAAUUCUCUUUUUUCAUGUCGAGGGGAUAAUGUAUGCAUAAUCUUUUUGUUCAUUAGAUUGUUUUUUGCAGAAAGAAUUUUUAUUCUUCUUCUUUGUUUACUUUGAUUGGGGUUAGUAAUUGAUGAUACUAUGACUGUGUGCGAUGAUUUUAGCAUUUUUUUCUGGGUCUUCUUUUUAUUUGUUCCUGAACAGGGUAGUCGUCUAAAAUCCUAUCCAGGAAGAAAACAAGGAAAGGGCAGUGGCUAUCUAAAGUUGGGAUUCCAUGGUGUAUCUGCUAAGAGCUUCCAGCAAAAUUGGUUAGGUUCUUCAUUUUUUGUGUUAGAUAUGAAUUAGGACUGCAACUAAUAAUUGUGUUUGAAUAUAUUAUUCGUAGAUAUCGAUGUUGGUCUUCCUUUCAAUUUGUUUACUGUUUUGGUAGUGAUUCUGAUGUUCCUUUGGCUUUCCCAUUCAUAUUUUUACGUUUACACAUUCAUGUCAUAUUGAUGUUGCUGAUUUUUCCUCUUGGUUAGAGAUAGAUCUCACUAAAGUUCUUGAUUGGCCCUUUUUUCAUUUUGAUUUGUUUCUACCUCCUCAUGGUCUGGUAACAAUUCUCUCCCUGGAUUUAUGUUUUACAGAUUAUUAGAUUGAGAUACUUAGACAUAAGGUCUACAGAGAGACUAUGAGGUUAAGGAAAAUAAUCUCAGUGGUCAAGGAAAACAAUCACAUUAUUUGGGUUCGCAUUAUCAAGAUGUGAUGUUAUGUUUUUUGAAAGUUUAGAGGAACCUCACAGAUCAGCAUUAGCAAGUUUUUUGUACUUGGUUGAUGCAACGUGUGAGAUCUUGCUUAUGCUUCUCUCCAGUUGAUGGUGUCUCAUAAAACGAAAGUUAAUGACAAGUAAACACCAAAAGACUGGGCAACUCGACAGUUAAAUCAGGUCAUGUUGGGUUCACAUACCACUAUGUCUAACUCAGGUUCACAUACUAGACCGAGUCAGGUUCACAGAGACGAAUCAGGGGCAACCCAGACUGUGGAUGCUUCAAGAACAGGCACGACACAAAUGGAUCAUAGAGAGCGUGCGCGUGCUAGCCAUCAGGAAUGGAGACAAUCGAUGAGUUCUACACAACAUGAAGCCUAUUUGGCACGGCGGCGAGCUCAUGCUAGGGGAAAGCGACUAGCCGUGGAAAAUGUAAGUGACCAUGGACAAGAGGCGGGCCCAAGUAAUAGGAAUAGGCUAGCUCCAGUACACUCCGACAACGAGAGCAUAAGUUCAAGAGUUUCAUCCUAUUCCCAAAACCAUGACCAAGAUGCUGCAAGGGUGCGCUUGACCCACAUAAGACAAUUAGCCCGUUCGACUACGUCUCGACCGAGCAAUGUGGUUAUUCAGAAUUCUGUGCCUUACGAGAUGCCUAAUGUCACAAUGAAUAAUCACGAUGAGGACCACAAUAACAACGAGCAUAUGGUGAAUAAUCAUGAGGAUCAGAACAACAACACUGAGCUAGAGAAUAACCCACAGGAUCAGCGCAGCAGCAGUGUUGACCCAGUGCGGCGUACAAGGAGAGCAGUAGUAAAUUCAAACUGCGCUAGAGAUUUUAAUGAGGGAUGGGGUGUCCCAUUUUGUCGAUUGCCUGCACUAAGAACAUGUCCAUACUGCAAUGCACGGUUAUUUCAUCGAGAGACCUUCAAUUUGUGUUGUUCGAAAGGAAAUAUUGUUCUGCCUCUAAUACCCUCUCCGCCAGAGAUGAUCCAGCUCUUUUCUGACCAAACAGAUGUGGGUAGAAAAUUCAGACAAAAUAUCCGAGCCUAUAAUAAUGUGUUUGCGUUCACUUCAAUGGGUGUGCAUGUUGAUGAAUCCAUUAAUCUUCGAGGUCGUGGAAUUUAUACUUUUCGUGCACAAGGUUCUAUAUAUCAUAAGAUUGGUGGGCUUUUACCAAGUGAAGGGGCGAGACCACGAUAUCUACAAGCUUACAUAUAUGACACCAAGCAUGAACUUGACAAUCGAUUGUCUGAAAGUGUAGUUUUAGACAGGGCACUGGUUGAAAAGAUACAACAGAUAUUGAAUCACUAUAAUCCAUUUGUCCAUCAAUUUCGAAGCCUCGGACAGCGCCAAGACUUGCCCAAUUACAGGCUCAUCAUAAGAGAGCAGCCUUCUAAUCAACGUCAGUAUUGUUUACCAUCUGCAUCACAAGUUGCUGCUAUUAUAGUAGGAGGGGGCGACAUCAAUCCGAAUGGAAGAGAUUUAAUUGUCCAAACAAUUAGUGGAAGACUCUGGAAUGUUAAAGACUCGGUCGGAUAUUACGACCCCAUGCAGUAUCCUUUGUUAUUACCUUAUGGAACAUAUGGGUGGGAUAUUAAUAGUCAUGAUGAGAAUGGAAGACCUAUGUCAUGUUGCGACUAUUAUGCAUAUAUGUUACAGAUGCGCCUAGGUGAUGAAAAUCCUCUACUUCGAGGCGGACGGCUCUUACAACAGUAUGUUGUAGAUAAUUACGUGAAAAUUGAAUCCCAAAAACUCAGAUGGUGCACGAAAACAAUCAAUAAAAAUGAACGAAAACAAUCAAUAAAAAUGAACACUUCUUAUCUCAGUAAACUUAUUUUCAAAGAGUGGAACAAAAAGAAGCAUACAGAGUAUGUUCUCUUAAGCUUUGUUUCUUUUCCAUUAAAUAUAUUUUUAUUUUUGUGGUAGUUAAUCAAUUCCAAUACUCUUAAUCUA